AUGGGCUGUGGGGUCACAAAAGGAAGUGAAUUCCAUAAAACACAUAACAAAGGUAAUCUCAGUGCCUCAGCCAUAACAAUAAGAGCUGCAGUUCUGAUCCAGCGCUGGUACCGUCAGUACGUGAGCCGCAUGGAGAUGAGGCGGAGAUACACUUGGAACAUCUUCCAGUCCAUAGAAUACGCUGGGCAGCUGGACCAAAUCAAACUGUAUAAUUUUCUUGGUUACCUCAUGGAUAACUUCACGCCCUCUAGCAAUGAACGAAAGUUGAUUUCUCACAUCUUCAGAGAAAAUGAAAUAUGUCAUGAUGCAGAGUGGGAGAGAUACUUCAGUUACACCAAUAUCAACGUUCCAGAAAUCUAUUCAGGCCCGAGGCUAACCUUCCCACUAGAUGCAAAUCAAGCUGCUGAUCUCGUCGAGGCUUUUAGAAACAAACAAUAGCAGCUCCACUCUCGUUAUGUUCUCCAACUUCUUCUUGAAACGUGGAAGAUGCUCAAAGUUCUGCCAAAUAUCAACCGAAUCUCUACCUGCCAUAGCAAAGAAAUCACAAUAUGUGGGGAUUUGCAUGGACAAUUAGAGGACUUACUGCUAAUAUUUUACAAAAAUGGGAUGCCAUCACUGGAGAAGCCUUAUGUUUUCAAUGGUGACUUUGUGGAUCGAGGCAAGGAUUCAAUUGAAAUUCUACUUAUUUUAUUUACCUUCUUGUUGGUCUAUCCUGGAGUGGUUCAUCUUAAUCGAGGAAAUCACGAGGAUCACAUAAUAAACCUGAGGUAUGGGUUCACCAAGGAAGUGUUAGGCAAAUACAAGAUGCACGGUAAACGAAUUCUAAAACUGCUGCAGAAAAUAUUCAGCUGGUUGCCCCUGGUAACAGUGAUCGAUCAGAAGGUGCUGAUCGUCCAUGGAGGGAUCUCAGACAGCACGGACCUGGCACUGGUGGCCCGACUGGACAGACACAGAUACAUAUCUGCUCUGAGGCCUCCGAAGUUAAAGAGCAGCGUGUCUCCCCGGUCUUCAUUGGACUCAGAGACGGAAGAUGAAUCGAUGAACCCUAAGCACAGUAUUUUGAGCAGAAGGCGGGCUUCGCUCACCUAUUUCAGGCCCUUGUUUCCCCGGGACACUUUCCAGUGCCGUUCUUUGCAGGAUUUCUCAGCUACAGUGGCACGGACCAUGGAGGAAGAGCUCAAGCUUCAACAUAAGCAGACCAGCUUAGCCCAGCCUGGCAGCAGCAUGUCAGAUAGACACUUUGACAUGUCCAUGUCGUCUGAAACAUCCACAGAAUCCAACACCACCCCAGACAUCAACAAUGAGUGGAAAGAGAUCCUGGACUUGCUGUGGAGUGACCCCAUGACUGAAGACGGCUGUGUCCCGAAUAAUGUUCGUGGUGGAGGCUGUUACUGGGGCCCCAAUGUGACUGAGAACUUUUUAAACAAACACAACCUGCAGCUCAUUAUCCGCUCCCACGAAUGCAAGCAAGAUGGAUAUGAGUUCUGCCACAACCGCAAGGUCCUCACAAUUUUUUCAGCAUCUAACUACUAUGAAGUGGGCAGUAACAGGGGAGCUCUGGUCAGGUUAGGUCCAGAUCUAGUACCUUACUUUAUCCAGUACCAGACCAACAGUAAGACUCGGGAAAUGAGCUUUGGACAAAGUAUCAGAGGAACAGAGCACUCUGCUCUUAAAGUUCUGAGAGAGCAACUGUUUGCACACAAGUCAGAGCUCAUCAGUACCUUUCAGGAAUAUGAUAAGGAGAACACAGGUCUAAUCUCUCUGAAUGCCUGGAGCAGUGCUGUAGAACAGGUGCUGCACCUGAGAUUGCCCUCAAGAAUGCUGCGCUCUCAGCUCCUCACCAACGCUACCAACGACAUGCUGGAUUACCACAACUGGUUCCAUAACCUCUCUAUAAAGGAACCGAACUGCGAGUACAUUGAGCAGACACUGCUGGAGACUCUUUACAGGCACCGGUCCACUUUGGAGACCAUUUUCAGAAUAGUGGACACAGACAACUCGGGCCUCAUCUCUUUUGAAGACUUCUGUCAGACAUGGAAGCUGCUAAGUGCCUAUCUGCAAAUGGAGAUUUCCAAUGAAGCCAUCAAUGACCUGGUGGUCAGCAUAGACGUAAACAAAGAUGGCUACAUAGACAUUGAUGAGUUCAUGGAAUCUUUUCGCCUAGUAGACAAGAACAUACACAGACCAGAGGAACAGGACCUACCUCAGGAUGAAAAACAGAGCACAGAAGAAAAAGACACAUUUCUUAAACCGCAGUAGAUGGUAACAGUUGUGUACAUUUGCAUUAAUAACAGUCAGACUGCUCAGUGUCUGGGCAUGACAUGGGUGGCUCAUGAAUGAUGAUGAUGAUGACCU